AUGGUCGGCCAACUUCUUCAAAUAAUAGACUUCAUCAAGGAUGCGGAUAAGGAUCGAAUUCACCCACGCCUCAUCGAAACGGCACUGCUCGAGAUUCAAGAGAAAAUUAGGGGCAAAAAGGUCGUGAUCGUGAGCAUUGCCGGCCUCUUACGAGGCGGCAAAAGCUGCCUGCUCGAGCUGCUGCGCCUCGAGCUGACCAACCCGGGGGCGUUGCGGGACCCGAAGACCGUCAUCGGACACAACGAUGGUAUCCCGUUCAAAAUGGACGAAGCCCGACACACCCAGGGCAUUCUGAUGUGGAAUGAGUUGAUUCCGGUUGAGACAGAUGCGGGGACGUAUCACGUACUGCUCGUCGACUCGCAGGGAACAUUCGACUUUGAGAGCGAUACAAAAGUCUCCGCCUUCAUAUCGACGAUCCUUCAUCUCCUCUCCUCGAUAAUGCUGAUCAAUGCCUGCGGCUUCAGCGCGGCCGACCUGGACCAUCUCACGCAAAUGCAGCUGUUCUCCGAGGCGGUGAAGAGGGAUGCCGGGGAGUGUGAGAAAAGCCAACGACCGGCAAUCUUCUUCACAUUCCGCGAUCGAAAGGUUUCCAAGAAUUCUGUCGAAAAUCUGCAGCCCGGCCGCUACGGCAGCGAUCCAGAUUAUUUCAAGCGGAUGAGGAUGAACCCCGCUAACGAAAAAAAGAUUGAUGAAGUCCGAGAGGCUGCCAGAAACAUGCAGACCUUUGUCUUCCCGACUCCAGACAAAAAAUUGACGGAUGCUUCAACGGGUGAUGUUAUUACGAUUGGCAAUCCGGUGAAGGCAUCUUCCGGCACGCAAGCCAGGGCUCAGGACGGGGCCGAGAAGUCGCAGCCAGUUGAAGAUAGAGAAAGCGUACACGAUGAGAAGCUGCGCAGCUACGCCACCGACUACCAACGCGUCUUUUUCACGUGUUUGGAGAAUGCCCAGAAGAAGGCGGCCAACAUCUGCGAGCAGGACUUUGUCAACCAGAACCAGGUGGCUGCAACCGCU